AUGGCAGCGGCGGCGUACACGGCGAAGCUCUCCGGCUGCACCCGUCCGCUCCCCAGCACCCUAAGCUCCAGCCCCCGCGCCACCCGCCUGGCCCCAUUCGCGUCACGCUCCCGGCCCCGCGCGCUUCUCGCCGCCGCCGCCGCCACCCUCCGCGAGGUCUGCUCCGGCCGCGUCCCCGACCACGUCCUCCAGAGGGCUGAGGACGUCGGGUACACCUCACCGACCGAGGUGCAGGAGCAGUCCCUGCCGGUGCUCCUCUCCGGCCAGGACUGCAUCCUCCACGCCCAGACAGGUUCAGGGAAGACGCUGGCCUACCUCCUGGCGGUCUUCUCGGCGAUAGACGUCGGGCGGUCCUCCGUGCAGGCGCUGGUCAUCGUGCCGACGCGGGAGCUCGGCAUCCAGGUCACCAAAGUCGCCAGGCUUCUCGCGGCGAAGACUUGCAACGUCAUGGCUUUGCUUGACGGCGGGAUGCUGACGAGGCAGAAGAGCUGGUUAAAGGCAAAGCCCCCUGCGAUAAUUGUAGCAACUGUUGCAAGCUUGUGCCAGAUGGUUGAGAAGCGUGCUUUCAGUCUUGGAUCAAUCAAAGUAUUAGUUAUCGAUGAGGUUGAUUUCAUUUUUGGAUCAUCAAAGCAAGUGAACUCCCUUCGCAAGAUACUAAAUUCUUACACAGCAGCAUCCAGCCGUCAAACCGUCUUUGCUAGCGCAUCCAUACCUCAGCACAAUCGCUUUGUGCAUGAUUGCGUGCAACAUAAAUGGACCAAGAGCGAUGUGGUUCAUGUUCAUGUCAACCCUGUCCAGCCCAUGCCUUCACACCUACGUCACACAUAUGUGAUCUGCAGUAAGAAGGAACGGUUGCAUGUUUUGCUAUCCUUGCUUGAGAGGGAUGCACCAAAGUCGGUGAUUAUAUUUGUCGCUCAACAGUCUGAGAAAUCAAAAAGGGCUGGAAAUCCUCCGUCGUCCACACUUGUUGUCGAAUUCCUGAGAACAGAGUAUAAAGGCAUCCUGGAGGUGCUUGUGCUAGAAGAAGAUAUGAAUUUCAACGCUCGGGCUACCUCGUUCACUGAAGUCAAGGGAAAAGGUUUCCUGCUAGUUUCGACGGACAUAGCGAGCAGAGGGUUCGACCUUCCGCAGACCAGCCACAUAUACAACUUCGACCUUCCUAAGACGGCGACCGACUACCUCCACCGCGCCGGAAGAACCGGGAGAGAACCGUUCUCCAAGUCGGAGUGCAGCGUGACGACCCUCAUAACGGAGGAGGAGCACUUCGUGCUACAGAGGUUCCAGAACGAGCUCAAGUUCCACUCCCAACAGCUGCCCUUGGAGUCCAUGUUUACUUUCAACUUGUAA